CCCCCCCCCCUCCCCCCUGGACAGCCAGUCCCUACUGCUGGCUAUUCUGCCUCUGGUCAUUCUGUCAGUCAACCUGUGCUCCAGCAGCCGGGAUAUAUUCAGCAGCCAUCACCACAGAUGCCAACCUGUUAUUGUGCUCCAGGCCAUUAUCACUCCAGCCAACCUCAAUAUCGCCCAGUCCCAUCUGUCCAUUACAAUUCACAUCUCAAUCAACCACUGCCACAGCCUGCACAGCAGACAGGUUAUCAAGUUAUGCCUAACCAGCAACAAAGCUACCAAGGAAUAGUUGGAGUCCAGCAACCCCAGAAUCAGAGCCUAGUCAGUGGCCAACCCAACAGCAUUGGAAAUCAGAUUCAAGGAGUGGUUAUCCCCUAUCCUUCAGUGCCAUCAUAUCAG